UUUACCAUCAACUACCAGACGCUUAGGUAAGCAUAUUUUUUUAAUAUUGAAGAUGUCGUCAUAUAGUAAUAAUCAUUAUCGUAUGAAUUUUAUGAGAACAAUGGUAUCGUUUGUCGUUAUGGCAUUAUAAUUUCUAAGAAUUUUACCAUCGACUACCAGACGCUUAGGUAAGCAUAUUUCCGACAUCAAAGGUAUCAUAAUAUUAUAUCGCUCAUAAGCGUCUGUAAUUUUAUGGGAAAUAAUUGUGGCGCUGUCUGUGUAUUAUUAAAUGUAUAGCUAUAAUUUCUCAGAAUUUUAUCAUCAGCUACCAGACGCUUAGGUAAGCAUAUUUCCAACAUCAAAGGUAUCAUUAUAUUAUAUGGCUCAUAAUCGUCUGUAAUUUGAUAUGAGAACAAUUGCGGCGCUGUCUGUGUAUUAUUAAAUGUAUAGCUAUAAUUUCUAAGAAUUUUAUCAUCGACUACCAGACGCUUAGGUAAGCAUAUUUCCAACAUCAAAGGUAUCACCGUACAGUAACGAGCACUGUCGUAUGCAUUUUAUGAUAAAAAUGACACCACUGGAUGUGUUUCACGCCUACGCAGUAUUUUAUUCUUUACUAUAUAACCGGUGAAAUACUUCUUGUCCUGUCACAUUUGUUUUUAAUUGUCAUUAACGUGCAGUUGUCAUUUUGAAAACCAGAAAUUUAUUAUUUAAUAAUUUACACGUAUAAAUAAAACCAUGAACCAGCAAGAUCAAGCGUCUUCUACACAAGUUACUUCUGCGACAUCUGUUUCAUCACGUCAGGCGGCUAAGCGUAGUAGGGCUAACAACAGCGCGGUUAGGUCGAAAAGGUUACGUAUGCAAUUGACGGAUACCCAUGAUUUCACUGAGAUCGAUUCCGCAUUGGAUCGGGGGGCCGUUUGGUUUUAUCGGAAGAACGUGGAGAAUUUCGCGAGCUAUCGAGAUUUUCUGCGCGCCGUUAAACCCGAGCUUGUGGUCAGACUCGCUGAAAUUGUAGGUAACCGACCGAUCAAGUAUAAUCUCAAAUUGGAGGCCUCAUAUCAUAUACCGCGAUCGGAAGCACCGCCCGAGGACCGUGCCUUUAAAACACGAGCUAGAGCAUUGCUAUCCGAUACAGAUAUCGGGUGUGCGGUCGAUGAAGAUUUUGAGGUUAUGCUCGCCGAGGAAGACGUGUACUCUGGGAGGGGUAGCGGCUUUACUUUAUCGCAUAUCGACGGCAUUAUGCUCAGCGUAUACAAGUAUACGCCCCUCGCCGGCUCAUCAUAUAUUCCGAUUCCGUCCGAAAUUAAUAAUAGAAAAGCAAUCAUCAACCCACAGAAUAUCGAUCAGUCUUGUUUCAAGUGGUCUAUUUUGUCGAGACACGUCAAGGGAGACCACAAAUAUCGCGUUGAUCGAAAAUAUUUUAACGAGGAACACAGGUAUAAUUUCACAGGGUUGACGUUCCUCACACCUGUGUCCCAAAUUAAAAUAUUUGAACGACAAAACCCUAACGUGUCUGUCAACGUGUACGGCUUGGAACGAGACGACGUUAAGAUGAAGUGGUUGGUGUAUCCGCUAAGAGUUGCCGACCAAGAACAACAGAAUCAUUUUGACCUGUUGUAUAUUGGCGACUCUGUAAAAUCACAUUACGCGUACAUUUCAGAUUUUUCUAAGCUUGUUCGUAAACAAAAAACCAGACACCAAGGUCGCAUAUACACUUGCAAACGUUGCUUCACCUGCUUUGAUGAUCGGCCUAAAAAGCAUAUUCUUCGAGGUCAACAAGCGUUGGAGCAACACAAGUUGAUAUGCGGCAAAAAUAAACCAAUUUUACCUGUUAUGCCGGCAGAGGGCAGUAAGGUCGAAUUUGAAGCGUGGGUAAAGACGCAACGGUUACCGUUCGUCAUCUACGCCGAUUUUGAGGCCUUACUGGAGAAAACAGACGAUCGCAUGGGUGCAUACACCAGGACUGUGCACACCCACCAUCCCAUGAGCUAUGGGUUCAUGGUGAAAACAUCGGACGAUGUGCCUUCNACCAUCCCAUGA